CCCCCCCCCUGCUGUCCCCUCUAGUCCGGUUUAAAAAAUAAUCUGUUUUGAUGGGGUUUUCCUGGUAACAAAUUUGAUCGAUUUUUGGGUUCAACGUUUUUGUCAUUCAGAAUGUCGCCAAUAUAAAAACGUCACACGUACGACGAGUUUCUUUUGUGAUCAAUCAAAUCUUGGGCUCUGCGUAUAAAAGUCAGGAACUUCUUAUUGAUCAUUUAGAUUCGUCUUUCCGUGAGCUCUUCUUGUUGUAUCGACUUGAGCAAUCAGUUUAAAAUGGGAGAUAAAGAAGGAGAUACUUUACUCACUUGCAGAGUCUGUCGAAAUGAAUUCGAAGCGGAAAAGCGAGUGCCGAAAUUCUUACCGUGUCUACACACAUUUUGUCUUGUAUGCUUAAACAAGAUGAAGGCGCAAGACGGAGGUACGAUAAAGAAGUGUCCGACCUGUCACAAAGUUUGUGAUGUGAGUGUCGCAGACUUGCCGGUUAACGAUUACGUGUUGUACAUAUUAAUUAUGAGAUCCAAAAUGGAGGCUGAUGCCGUCAGAAUGCCUAGUCCGAGCAAAACGGGGCCGAGCUGGUGUUUACUAUGCGACAUGAUGGCCAAACCCGAUUGCAGUGCCCAAGAUCACGGAUUACUUUACUUGACGUCGGGUACGAUGAAGAACGUGGAGCGACUGGUCAGCCUGAAAAACGAGUUUAGAAACAUCAAGAUGCAACUGAUGAAAGCCAUCGAAGAACGCAAGAAGAUCAAACUUCACUACGCUGAACUGUUGGACGCCAUCAAAUGCAUCGAAAGUGAUAUCCACAGCAAGUUGGAUGAAAAUGAAAAACAGUUGGCCGAUUGGACGGAGCUAUCGGAGAAUAAUUUCCUGGUUGUCGAGCAACGUCAGCAUCAAGGAUCUCCUGCUGUGCCCAACGGCACCCAAUCCAACACGGGAUCGAUAGAUGCAGACGAUUUCUUCCAGCUCAUUUCGUCGGCGGGUAAUAAUUCCGGAAAGGAGAGAAUAACACUGGAGACGUGGAAGACGACGGUGGAAAAAACGUCGCAAGAAUACGACCAGAAAAUCGCCAAAAUCACAGCCGAGAAAACGGACAUUGAAGAGCAGAGGAAGAUGAGGAUCUCUGUCCGCAUGUGCGAUCCUUCCAAAAAAGACACGGCUCAACCGAUUGGUGAAAUUCUAUGCGAAGGUUUUGUUGUCAACGAGUUGGAGGCAAGUGAGAGCGUCAGUGACAUUGAGGAAAAAUUCCUUUUGCUUUUAUCUCACAUUGUGUACACACUUCACAAGCAAAGAAAACCCGAUCUCUUUCUGUAAUGUGUACUGAUGGAGGUCUUCAACGGUCUUCAAUACAAAAACACUAGUUAUUUAUUAGUGUGGGAAAAAGAAUAUGCCAUUAACACAAAUUUAAUCGUUUGGGUGUGUCACGAGAAAAAAGAAAAACGUUUUGAAGAAAUAGCCCGACUAAUAAUCAUUGUUCGUUCAAAAAGAAUAUGAGGCUAUUUCUGUUUAUUCUGUACACAUCUGUUAAUACAAUAAAAUUAAUUGGAGGGAA